GGUCUUUAUUUAAUAUGAAUGAAAAUAAGAGUAGCAUUCAAAAUUGAGAGAAUCUUAGUUUGGUAACAUACAAACAAUGGCUUCUGGAGGCGAGCACACACAUGACCAUGACCACCAUCACCAUGACCACAAGCACGGUCACCACGACGGUUCAUUCGUAGGCGCCGACGGGAAAGUCUACCACAGCCACGACGGUCUUGCACCGCAUUCUCACGAACCAAUCUACUCACCUGGAUUCUUCAGCAGAAGAGCUCAACCUCUUAUCAACAGAGAUUUCAAUGAAAGAGCUUUCACCGUCGGCAUUGGUGGACCCGUCGGUACUGGCAAAACCGCUUUGAUGUUAGCGCUUUGUCAAAACCUAAGGGAUCGUUACAGUCUCGCUGCUGUCACGAAUGAUAUUUUUACGAAAGAAGACGGUGAGUUUUUGGUGAAGCACAAAGCACUUCCGGAGGAAAGGAUUCGUGCUGUUGAAACCGGUGGUUGUCCUCAUGCUGCGAUUCGUGAGGAUAUUAGUAUUAAUCUUGGUCCGCUUGAGGAACUUUCGAAUCUUUAUAAAGCUGAUCUACUUCUCUGUGAAUCUGGAGGAGAUAACUUGGCUGCUAAUUUCAGCAGGGAACUGGCUGACUAUAUUAUUUACAUCAUAGAUGUGUCUGGUGGCGAUAAAAUUCCGAGGAAAGGUGGUCCGGGAAUCACACAAGCUGAUCUCCUUGUGAUUAACAAGACUGAUAUUGCACAAGCAAUUGGGGCUGACUUGGGUGUCAUGCAGCGCGAUGCUCUUAGGAUGAGAGACGGCGGGCCAUUUGUAUUUGCUCAGGUGAAGCACAAUGUUGGGGUGGAAGAAAUUGUGAAUCAUGUCUUACAGGCAUGGGAGGCAACUACCGGGAAGAAACGCCGUUGACAUGUUUUUGCAAAACGGUGUUAGAUUCAGAUUAGUCAGCAGGAAUGACAUCUAAGAAAGCUGGUGGCUCGAGCGAGGAGCGGAGCCUAGCCCGCUGUCUUUUCAUUUAUUGUUAAGUAUCUAUUUGCUAAUCAUGUUACUACCUUGGACCUAAUCAAUGUGUGUGAGUAUCUACUAUGGCAUAUGGCAAUGGCUACUAGGCCAAAUAACUGAUUUCAUUCAUGUUAAGCGAAUUGACAUCUAGAUCUCUGAAUAAAAUAAAGGCAUGCAUGAUUGUUGUGUUUGGUGUGCAA